AUGAGUGUCCAACGUUCACCUACAACCAAAUCUAGUGACAAAAUGAAUAUUAUUAGUGGGAAUGGUAGUUCCCAGCCUGACCUGUCAAUCAUUGCAGCAACUGAGUACGAAUAUAAAAAUGUGUCGCAACGCAAAAGAAAAGUGCCUGAGGAUGAUUUCUCGGUCCAAUUCAAUAAAUUUAAAAAGGAAAUUAUAGGAGUGUUAAAGGAGUUUGGUAAAUCCCAGACAGAAAAAAUCAAUUCUAUAAAAACAGAUAUCAAAUCUAUCAAUGAACAACUUAUUGAUAUGAAAACUAAAACGGACUUGUUGCUCUUAGAACAUAAUACCCUCAAGUCUGAAAUACAAAAACUAACAAUUACUGUCACUUAUAAUGAAGAAAAAUUAAAAUGUAUUGAAAAUGAUGUACAUGCUCUUCAGAGCACUGUACAUGCCCCUUUACCACCAGGAUGUCCUAAACCGACAGCGAAUGGUUAUGCAGAUAUAAUGACCGAAGUUCAAGAGCGUUUAGAGCGCGCCAAGAAUAUAAUAAUCACUGGCAUUUUCGAACCACAUUCAGAAAAUAUGGAAGAAAAGAGGGAAAAUGAUAGAUGUGAAGUGAUGAAAGUACUAUCAGGCAUCUAUCCACUUACCCCCCAACCAGAAAGAAUAAUGCGCCUAGGCAAGCAGUUAAUAUGUCAUGACGGUAACAUACAUAAGAAUGCUGCUAUAGAUCUGUGGUCACAGUGCUUCGAGCCAAAUUUUAAAUCGUGUGAUAGUGUACUGUUCGCUGCUACAAUAAAUAUGCCUUGUAUUAAGUAUAAAGUUUCCAAGUAA